AUGAAAGAUUAUGAAAAUCAUUGGUCGGGUCAUAGAUCAAUGGCUGGUGUUGCUGCUUAUCAAACAUUUAACAAGGAAAUUAUGCAUGAAACUAUAAAUAAAACGAUUCCUGAAGGACAUGGUGUUUCUAAUAUAAAUAA